GCCCGCUUUCGAGAAUAAGGACAACCACCAGCCAAACUUGCACCAUAUCAUCUCAUCCUGUGCGUCCUGCUGCCGUCGCUUCAAGGAGAAGGGCGUGAUUUCGGGAACUCCCAUGGCCGAGAACUACAUGUACUUUAACCGCGAGGCAGCUGGCGUCUUGUCGAAGCAGUUCAAAGACCCGAGCUGCAAGAGCUUCCGCGACCUGAAACGCUUGUACUACAUAACUUGAUGAAUGAAGGCUCAAACUCAAUGAUGAACCGUUCGUAAAGCGAGACUCAUACUACUUGUUCACAUUCGAGACCGUUUUCACUUGUCACGGCUUUCUACUCUCUUCAACAUUCGCAAAAUCUUAUACAGCUUGGACAGCAUCAAGGACUUCAGCCACUUCAAGUUUUC